AUGACUGAGGGCAUUCCACCGAUUGUCGCUCCAAGCGCCAAGUCGAAGAAGAACAAGAAGAAGAGUGCCAAAGCCAAGUCCGACCACCAGAAUAGCGGGCACCCAGAUGCGUCAGAUCAUGAUGACAUGAAUACCGAGCCCCAUGAUGCCAGCGCGACCCCCGUAGAAGAUGAAGAACCGGAAUCUAAUGGCGCCGAGCCCGACACGAUAGGCAACAUCCUACCAAAUCGAUCUGUCAAUAAUAUUCAGCCGAAUGCUGACAGUGACGCUGCUGCCACUUCCAAUAAACAGUCCGACCCCGCCUCCGAUGGCACCGAACCCAAGGACCGGUUCGAUGCACUCGUUCGAGACCGCGACUCCUUACGCGCAGAAGUGGCCGACAUGCGGAAGUCACUGGAGGAGAUACAAUCCAAGCACAGUGCGGACAUGGAGGCGUUGCAGGAGAAGUUGGACGACGCAGAGACUAAGAAGGCACAUGCUGAAACGCAGUUCCAGAAGCUGAUGGAGCGAGUUAAUACGAUCAAGUCGCAGCUAGGAGAGCGACUCAAGGAGGAUGCGGAGGAACUGUCUCAAGCGCGAUCGCAGAUUGAGGAUCUCGAAGAUGAGAACAGAAGCCUAAAUGAGCAGCUCGAAUCCAAGUCUAUCCAGCUCGUUGAACUUUCCGGCGAGUCAGCAGAGAAGGACAAGGAGCUCUCUACUCUCCGGGAUCGAACGAGCCUAUCACAGCAAAACUGGCUGAAGGAGAAGGAAGAACUACUCGAACAAGAGUCGUACAUCCAGUCUGAAUUUGAACAAGCAAAGGAGGCAAUGCACAACUGGGAAGUGCUGGCUAUGGAGGAGCGCUCUAUCCGGGAGAACCUGAACGAAAAGGUCGGGGAUCUGGAGGAGCAGCUCAGUAGUUUGAGAGACGCAUACGAAAAAGCCACCGAUGAGCGCGAUACCCAGCAGUCGACAGUUGAUGGAUUACAACGUGCUCUACAGGAAAUCCAAUCGGCACGAAAGCAGGAGCUGCGGGAGCUUGUCGAGAGCUCUGAUGCUCAACUUGAAGAUCUGAGACGCUCCCUGCGUGAAGCACAGAAGCAGGCCACAGAUGCUGACAAGGGUCUCCAGAAUGCCCAAGAAGAGAUCGAGAGAGUCCGGCCAUUCGAGAAGGAGGUCAAAGAGAAGAACCUUCUCAUUGGUAAAUUGAGACAUGAAGCAGUCACGCUGAAUGACCACCUGACGAAAGCUUUACGAUUCCUCAAAAAGGGGAAACCAGAAGACAAUGUCGACAGGCAUAUUGUCACCAACCAUUUACUACACUUCCUUGCAUUAGAUCGAUCUGAUCCAAAGAAGUUCCAGAUCCUACAGCUGUUUGCAGCGUUAUUGGGCUGGAAUGAUGAGCAACGUGAGCAAGCAGGCCUUGCCCGGCCAGGCACAUCGAGUAUGCCUGCGAAGCUCCGGGUUCCAGGAACACCCAUGCGCACCCCAAGCACACCAAACCUCGCCACAGACUUCAUGGAUAACGGCGCCUCCAGCAAAGAGACGCUGGCCGAACUAUGGUCCAACUUCCUGGAGCAAGAAGCAGAAGUGGGUAACAUGAACACUACGAGACGAGGGAGCCACCAAGGGCCUCCUAAGUCCUAG